GCUGCAAAGAAGUCUGUACACUUUUAGAUCUUUCCCUUCUCUUACUGAAACACGUUCUAAGAAACAUAUACCAAACAGUUUCUUCCGAUAUUUGCUUCCCAAUGAAAUAUAGAACCAACUGAAUGCAUCAAUCACGUAACUGUAGAUCAGUCCACCAGUAGUGCAAGCAUGCUAGCGUGUUGCUGGAAGCGCCGCCGGUCGCCAUCCGACAAGUGCAGCCUCCCGUUCUCAUCUUCAGGCAUCGCUACCACACUACAGCUAUCCAAUUUAAGCGAGAGCUAGCACGCCGAGCUUCAGAGCAGCCGCACAGCACCAAGCAGUUUCGGUACGGUGCAUCGCAUUGCAUUGCGCUGCGACGCAGUGCAUGCUGUGACGCCAUUGUGCUCCAGCUACUCCAAAGGGACCUAGCAGCCAGCAGCCAAUGGGUUGCCGCGAUGGCGUCGGGCUCGUCGAGCGCCUCUGUUUCCUCCUCCUGUGCGCCUCGUGCCUCUGCUCGCUCUCCCAUGCCAAGCGGACGACGACGACGACGCGGCCAGUGAAAGUGAAACCCUCCGCGAGCCCGAGCCCGGCCUCGUAUCCUACUCUCCCUGUCCGGGCGGCGUGUCUCGGCGGCUGGCUCGUCACCGAGGGCUGGAUCCUGCCGUCCCUCUUCGACGGCAUCCCGAACAAAGAUCUCCUGGAUGGCACGCAGCUGCAGUUCAAGUCGGCGCUGCGGAAGACGUACCUCACCGCUGAGCAGGGCGGUGGCGGCGCGGUGGUGGCGAACCGGACGCAGGCCUCUGACUGGGAGACUUUCAAGCUGUGGAGGAUCAACGAGACGACGUUCAACUUCAGGACGUCCGGCAACCAGUUCGUCGGCAUCGGUGCCAGCGAUGGCAUCAUCGUCGCGACGGCGACCACGCCGGGCCUGCCGGAGACCUUCCAGAUAGUGCGCAGUCCCGGCGACAAGAACAGGGUCCGGAUUAAGGCGGCAAAUGGCUACUUUGUACAGGCGAUAGCAACCGGUGAAGUGAUAGCAGACUACGGUGAACCGACACGCUGGUCCGACUUUGACGCGUCGGUGUUCCUCAUGACCAAAGACGGUGAGCUGCAAGGGGAGUACCAGCUCUGCAACGGCUAUGGCACGGCAAAGGCCACGCCCGUGCUCCAGGGCCAUUGGAGCACAUACAUAGUUGAGGAUGAUUUUAAGUUCAUCUCAUCAAGCGGGCUGACGGCAGUGAGAAUCCCAGUUGGCUGGUGGAUCGCCAGUGACCCCAAUCCUCCAGCUCCAUAUGUUGGAGGUUCUCUCCAAGCUUUGGACAACGCCUUCAAAUGGGCAGAGAAGUACAAGCUUGGAGUCAUCAUUGACUUGCACGCAGCUCCGGGGUCACAGAACCCCUGGGAGCACAGCUCCUCCAGAGAUGGAACGCAGGAGUGGGGAACAACGGGCGCCAACAUUGCACAAACGGUGCAAGUCAUUGAUUUCCUUGCAUCCAGAUAUGCUAAGAGCCCUAGCCUGUUUGCGGUAGAGCUGAUGAACGAGCCCUUGGCGCCUCGCGCCACGUUAGACAGCCUGACCAAGUACUACCGCGAUGGCUACAACACCGUCAGGAAGUACUCGUCGUCAGCCUACGUGGUGAUGUCGAACCGGCUGUCGGGGAACUCGACCGAGCUUCUCCAGUUCGCUAGUGGGCUCCAAGGGGCAGUCAUCGACGUGCAUUACUACACCGUGUUCAACAACAAGUUCGAUAACUUCACCGUGCAGCAGAACAUCGACUUCAUCAAGACCAACUUCUCGGGCGAACUCACCACCGUCACCACACAAAAUGGCCCGCUCAGCUUUGUAGGAGAGUGGGUGGCGGAGUGGAAGGUGCCGAAUGCAACUAAAGAAGAGUACCAGAAGUACGCAACGGCGCAGAUGAAUGUGUAUGGACAAGCCACCUUUGGAUGGUCCUAUUGGACCAUCAAGAAUGCCAACAACCAUUGGGAUCUCGAGUGGAUGAUUAAAAAUGGAUACAUCUCGUUGAAAGGCUAGGACUGGAAUCAAUAUGUUUCUAGUCUAUGUGAUUUAUAAGUAAGUUCGCAGUAAAAUUGGAGCACAUAUCUCCAUUGAGAUCCUGAUCACUGUAAGGGAAAGUUUACUGGUCGACCAUGGCUAUUUCAAAAUGAUCCUACGAUAUGACUUUUACUAUUAAUGGUUCUAAUUCUUGUGCACCGGAAUCUUCCGCGGUGAUGU